GCCAUUCGGAGGGCGAUAUAUCCCGUUUAGAACGCACCGUAAAGUUGUAAAAAUGAAAUAACAUGGGUGUAAAACCGUGAAUGUGUUUGGACGAAUAUCGUCACAUGACGUGUCACCUGUUUCAGUAGCGGAACUCGGUAGAUAAUACACAGCAACUGUCCAUCUUGAGCAGCCAUUUUGGAUCAACAGUCAAAGCCUAUGGUAAAAGCUCCCCGUUUUCUUUUAGUACAGACCGAUUCGCCGUCUGCGAGUUUAGAGCCAGCAUGGCGUCCAUUCGCACAAACCAUAAAGCAUCCAUAUAAACCUUGGGAGGAUCGUCUAAAAAGAGGAAACAGACCCGCCAUUUUCCUACAAACCUCCAGUCCUUCUAGACCCAGCAGGGGGAGGCGAGAUCCGAGAGGAGAGCAUCUGAGAAGGAAAGGGGGAGUUAGAAAGAGAGAGAGACGGUGGGAGAGGGAGAGUGCGUGACAGAGGGAUUGAGAGAGAGAGUACGUUUUUAAUAGAAGAGGAAACGUUUGGUGGCGAAAUUGUGCACAUCCCAGGGACUGCCAGCAUUGUAGUCGGAUUUAAAAGCCCAAACAGAUUUCCCCCUCUUUUUUGUUUUCUCCUUUUUCUGUUUGUUUAAAUCUGCGAAGAUGUCUGGACAGAGCAUAACGGACAGGAUUGCUGCAGCGCAACACAGCGUUACCGGUUCCGCAGUGUCCAAAACGGUGUGCAAGGCGACCACGCACGAAGUCAUGGGGCCAAAGAAGAAACAUUUGGAUUAUCUGAUCCAGUGCACCAAUGAGAUGAAUGUUAACAUCCCUCAGCUAGCCGACACGCUGUUUGAGCGCACCACCAACACCAGCUGGGUGGUCUUGUUCAAAACCCUCAUCACCACACACCACAUUAUGGUCUAUGGCAACGAGAGAUUUGUACAAUAUCUGGCCUCCAGGAACACAUUAUUCAACCUCAGUAAUUUUUUGGACAAAAGUGGGUUACAAGGAUAUGACAUGUCCACCUUCAUCCGGAGGUACAGCCGCUACUUAAACGAAAAGGCCGUCUCGUACCGACAAGUGGCAUUUGACUUCACGAAAGUAAAACGAGGGGCGGUUGGAGUCAUGAGAACUAUGAACACAGAGAAGCUCCUUAAGACGAUUCCAAUCAUCCAAAACCAGAUGGACGCCCUUCUCGACUUCAACGUAAAUGCCAAUGAGCUCACAAACGGGGUCAUUAACGCAGCGUUCAUGCUUCUGUUUAAAGACGCCAUCCGCCUGUUUGCAGCCUACAAUGAAGGGAUCAUCAACCUGCUCGAGAAGUACUUUGACAUGAAGAAAGUCCAGUGUAAAGAGGGUCUGGACAUCUAUAAGAAAUUCCUCACUCGCAUGACAAGAAUCUCAGAGUUUCUCAAAGUGGCAGAGCAAGUGGGAAUCGAUCGGGGGGAUAUACCUGACUUAUCACAGGCCCCCAGUAGCCUUCUCGAUGCCCUGGAGCAGCACUUGGCUUCAUUAGAGGGGAAAAAGGUUAAAGACUCCACGGCCGCCAGCAGAGCUAGUACUCUGUCCAACGCUGUGUCCUCCCUGGCCAACACGGGUAUCUCUUUCACCAAAGUUGAUGAGAGGGAGAAGCAGGCUGCGCUGGAGGAAGAACAGUCACGAUUAAAAGCACUUAAGGAGCAGCGUCUGAAGGAACUUACUAAGAAGCCCUCCACGUCCUCCACGACUGCUGCAUCCCCCGUUUCCACGGCGACAGGCACCAUCAGCACCGCCCCAGCCAUUGACCUGUUCUCCACACCCAGUAGCUUCACUAACAAUAUACCGAAGGUUCCGAACGAUCUGUUGGACCUGCAGCCAGCGUUCCAGCCCACCCUGCCUCUCUCCUCUGGCCUGCCUUUAACCAACUCAUGGGGAGAUCCUUUCACCUCUACAGAAGCCGUUGAUGACUCCAUUCCAAACUUAAAUCCUUUCCUUACAAAACCUGUUGUUGAUCCCAUGCAUCUGCCUGUUGUGUCUUCAGAUGCUGUUAGUUUUUCUAGGACGCCCAGUCAUGAAAUGUUUGGUGAUAAUUACAAUCCCUUUAUUGAUUCGAGGUGUUCUGUUGCGUCACCCGUCGAGCCGUCUGCUCAGAUGGGCUGCUUCCUCACAGACUCCUUCUGUUCUCUGGCUGCUGCCUAUCCUAACACUCCUCUCUUCCAAUCUGAGCCCUCCGCUGUAGCUGGACUAUUCGGAGGGUUCUCGGCUCCUCCUGCUGCCCAGCCUCCCAGCUCGACAGGUCUUAGUGUCGACUUCGAUUCUGUGUUUGGCAAUAAGUCCGCCACCGGCAAUGCAGACUCCGCUGGUGGCAUACUGAAACCCACAGUGGCCUCUCCCAACCAGGGCCUUACGUCCAGUGCCCAACAGCAAGGCAAACUGGUUUCCGAUGACUUGGAUUCCUCCCUGGCAAACCUUGUGGGCAAUCUCGGUAUUGGAAACGGAACAAUGAAAAAUGACAUUCAUUGGAGUCAACCUGGAGAGAAGAAGUUGACAGGAGGAACCAACUGGCAACCAAAGACUGCUCCAAGCACAACAUGGAACCCUGCCACCAUGAAUGGCAUGCUUUUCCCACAAUACGCACCCUCUGUAAUGGCCUUCCCCGCCACAACGCCCACAGGCAUUAUGGGAUACGGAAUGUCCCCUCAGAUGGGCUCCAUGGCGAUGAUGACCCAGCCCACUAUGAUGUACACGCAGCCUGUGAUGCGGCCGGCGAACCCUUUCGGCCCUGUCUCAGGAGCACAGCUUUCCACUGCCUCUAGUCCUUCCAGUUCAAGUCCUCUCAGAGCUGCGGGACAGGACCCUUUUGCACAGCACUCUCUGAAGGAUUUCCUUUAGAACGUCUUUAGAUGCAGUUCAUGUAGGUGAAGAAGGGUCGACGUUUCCCAAGGAUGAAUCACACAGCAAAUCUCAAACCUUUAAUCACUCUCCAGUCGGCCGUUGGGCUCCUCACUGAGAGUUCUGCCCCGGUACAAACCUGUACGGGAAUCAGAGGGGAAGGGUGGGUGGGGCAUUAUGGGAAUUGAUAGGUUAUGGGGGGGACUGUUGCCCUGUCAGAUGGAAUACGUGACGCUCCUUUUGUAAUUUGUAUAACACAGUUACAUUGUGCUGUUAUUGUAUUGAUCAGCAUGUGUCAUGAGAAGUAAGCGAGUGUCGGAAUGUGUUCUCUCAGCUUCACUUUUUCCAAAAAUGUUGGAUCGGGGGUGGGAAACGGGGGGAGGUUGUCUUUAUCCGAUCGUCAAUCAAGCAUUACCUAAUUUAACCAUCACCAAAUAGAAAUUCUAACAUCCGUUUCUACUAUGAUUUCUACUUUAUUUUUAUUUUUCUAUGUUUGAAAAGCUGUCUGUAAUAGACAUUCAUUGUGUAUUGUCUGUAUUUAUUUAUGAUUUAUCCACUGAGAACAUAAGAAACAAAAAAGGACGAUCUCUUUCCAAGCUCUUCCUCACGGGAGGCGUUUAGGAGUAUGUGUUGAUGAUAUGGGAAUGAUUGGUUGUAAAAUUCGGAUUUCGAGAGUAACUCAAUUAUAAAAAAUAUAUAAUAUAAAAAAUGAAAUGGGGGGGCAUCUAUAGACUGACUGAAAAAGCACUAAGUAUUCUGAGAAACAGUUGUAUGUCUAGUGCAAUUUCUUUGUAACUCAAACGCUCACCACCCUUCAUUUGUAAGGAAUAUAGGAGAAACCGCACAAAUCAUGCCACAUUGUAGUCAGUUCUGUGUCCUGGGGGGUGGGAGGGCGUCUCGCGGAGAAGCAUAUAUCGAAUUAGCAAAGCACUACAUUCGUGAUUCUGCAGCAUUGAAUUGGGGAAGAUCUGUAUUGCUUUUUGCUUGGCACGUCAUUAUUUUACAUUGACCGUUACAUGGCUGCCUUUUCAACAUGAAUGUGCAGGGUCGCCUUCAUGUUCGGGCCACCCUUCUUAGCAAAGAGAGGAGAACGAUUGUGUGUGCGUUUGUGUAUGAGUGAGAGAAUGGAAGUGAGGACUGUAUUUUGGUAUCAUCGGGGUUGUAGCUUCUUUGAAAUUAGCUGUAGGUCAGGCAGCGAGAGAAUAGGGGGUGCUGUUGAUCAGAGCUCGGUGUACAUAAAACUGUCCGGUAGGGGAGCAUGUGAAGGGUGGUUUGAAGAUGAGGGCGAUUCUAUCCAUUGAUUUAGCAUAUUUACUGCAUCAUCCCUGCAGAUUCUAUUUUUGUUUAUAUGACAAAAAAUAAAGCAGAAUUUGGGUGAUUUUCAAAUAAAGUACAGCUUCCACAGAACAAAA